AUGAAGUUCUCUACCAUCGCUCUCGCUGCCCUCUCGCAGGUCGCUUCUGCCCACUACUUCUUCGAGGUUGCCACCGUCAACGGCAAGGACUCUGCUCCUUUCCAGUACAUCCGUGACUUCACCCGUGCUACCAAGUACAACCCCAUCAAGUUCUCCUCCAACCCUUCCGCCGAUAUCCGCGACAACUCCUUCGCUGAUGGUGAGGACAUCAUCUGCAACCAGGGUGCCACUGGCACUGGUGGCAAGACCGAGGUUGCCGAUGUCAAGGCUGGUGAUGUGAUCACCUUCAAGCUCGGAGUCGGUGGCAAGAUGGGUCACCCCGGACCUACCCUGGCCUACAUGUCCGACGCCGGUGGUGAUGUCAAGUCCUACAAGGGUGACGGUGACUGGUUCAAGAUCAUGGAGGAGGGUGUCUGCAACGCCGGUGGUGACUUCACCAAGGACGCCUGGUGCAACUACGACUCUCCUUCCGCCGACGUCAAGAUCCCCGAGGGUACUCCCUCCGGCGAGUACCUCCUCCGUGUCGAGCACAUCGGUGUCCACCGAUCUCACGUCAACCAGCCCGAGCACUACGUCUCCUGCAUGCAGGUCAAGGUCGCUGGUGGCUCCGGCAAGGUCGAUGCCGAGAUGGUCAAGUUCCCCGGUGCCUACAAGGCCACCGAUGACUACGCCAACUUCUCCAUCUACAACGGUGCUAAGGCCUUCCCUAUGCCCGGUCCCAAGGUCUGGGGUGGAAGCACCUCCGCUGGUGGCGCCGCCCCCGCCGGUGACAACAACUCCGCCGCUCCCUCUGGUGAUGCUCCCGCCGAGACCCCCGCCCCCGAUGCCGGCAACGGCCAGCAGGGUGAGGCUCCCCAGCAGGGCGGUGCUCCUCAGCAGGGCGCUCCCCAGCAGGGUGGUGAGCAGCAGCAGAACAACGGCCAGCAGGGUGGCUUCCCCGGUCAGCAGCAGGGCGGUUUCCCCGGUGCCCAGGCCAACAACAACGGCAACUCUCCUUGCUCCGCUUAA